UAAUGCUAAAACGACAGAAUAUAGCAGUUUCACUUGCUUUGUUUCUUUUUCUUCAAGUAUUUCUAACGUUGCUGAAUGUUGUUUAUACAUAAACAGUAUCACUUUCACUGUACGUGCAGCUCUACAGCAAACAUAAAAUAUCACUUACACCUUACAUGUUAUAUGAGCCUGUACAGAGGAUAAAUAUCUGAUUUAAGAAGAAUAUGCUCGACCAUAUGAUAUAAUUGUAUUGAAUACCUAGCCGGUGUUCUUUCAAAGACAACACACAAAGGUCCUGCACUAGUAUGUUUUUACUGUGGACAUGAACGAAAACUUAAAUCUUUCAAAUUUAUAAAUGAUAAAACUUAAGAUUUCUGCCUGGAAAUACAAUAAAACUGGUGAAAACUCUUCAUCUUUUCCACAUAUUAUUCAUUUUACUCCAUAAUUUAUUGAAUGCACAUUCAGCUGGUUCCUUUAUCAAACAAAUGAUGUCCUUUCAGGGACUUGUGACCCUGGUUGUCAGAAUCAGAGAUUUGACAGAUCUCAUGGAAUGAGAAAUUGCUUAUGAGGUAAAACCAUGUAGUUUUACCAGUUUUAAGCUGUGAUAUGCCAAAAAAGCACUGGGGAGGCACUGGGUUCAAAUACCAAGACAGGAGGAAGCUGUCCUCGAAGGACACACACCACCAUGUAAUUUUAUUCCAUGUUGACUUGAAACUUCUCAGCAGUUCAGGAACUCCCUUUCCAUCGGUCUUUUAACUCUUUUUCCAUUCAUCCGUCGUAUGAAGCCGGCAGCAUGAGGCAGCGAACGGUGGUGAUGUAUGUGGAGAUUGGCUGUUUUUUGUCCUGUUUAUGUGGCUGGAUUUUGAUCUGUUCCACCCUGGUCACCGAGUACUGGUGUUUCUCGGAGGUCAGCUCUGUAGUUCUGACCACCGGUAAUUACUAUUCCAAUCUCUGGAUGGACUGUGUCUCAGACACCACAGGAGUAUCUGACUGUAAAUACUACCCUUCCAUGAUGGACCUGUCUGUUUUCCUCCAUGUGUGCAGGGCUCUGGCUGUGGUCUCUGUGAUCUUUGGUUUCUGGGGGGCUGUGCUUGCCCUCAUCGGGAUGAAAUGUACCAAAAUCGGAGGCUCUGAGCUCGCCAACGCCAGAGUUACAUUCGCAGCAGCACUGACGUUCAUGGCAUGCGGAUUCUGUGGUAUGAUAGUCUACUCCUGGUGGGGAGAUAAAGUGCGUUCAGACUUUGUGGAUCCGUAUUACUUAGAAACAAAGUUUGAGCUCGGUGCCGCUCUCUUUGUUGGUUGGGGAGGUUCGUGUCUGGUUAUAUGUGGAAGUGCAGUCAUGUGCUAUUUCUCUGGGAAAGAAUCAUUCCCCAAAAGGUCUGGCCUGUCACACAGUAUACAUAUACGGUUGAAUAAACGACCCAAAAGACCCCCAACCUACAUGACAGCACGUACCAGACAGACGUACAUGCUGCCGGGCUCGUCCAGACCCACAACAGUCAUCAUCCCUCCUUCACACCAAUCAUACAGUGAGAGCAGAGAGAAUAGAGGGAGGAGAGGAACACAGGAAAGUCAGUUUUUAAGAACUGUCAGACCCAUAAGGCCCCCCAUAGACUCAAUAGUGUAACCCAAUGUUUAAAGCAAUAAUCUAGAAAUAUUUGCAAUGUUUGUUGACACUUUUACAAUAAAAGAGCUUCUCUAAUCCAAGACAUUUUAAUAUAACAGGAGUGCAAAGCAAAGAAGAAUCUUUGAA